UCCUUCCUCCGGGCUCAGCGGAUGCUCCGGGUCAGGCACCGACCGGCUUAGGCUGCGGGUCCGAUUCUCCUCGGUUUCCCGGCCGCAGCUGCGGUGCGAUGCGGGCACUCCUCCUGGAUGAGGGGAGGUGAAGAAUCCCUAGUCCUUCGCGCUGCCUCCCUUGACCUCCCCGACCUGUUUGACAGUUACCAUGUCCACGCAGAGACUUCGGAGCGAGGACUACCGUGACUACAGCUCCACCGACGUGAGCCCGGAGGAGAGUCCGUCCGAAGGCCUGAACAACUUCUCUUCCCCGGGAUCCUACGAGCGGUUUGGGGAAAGCAACAGCACAACAUGGUUCCAGACCCUGAUCCACCUAUUAAAAUGCAACAUUGGCACAGGACUCCUGGGGCUGCCUCUGGCCGUGAAAAAUGCAGGCAUCUUGAUGGGUCCCAUCAGCCUGCUGCUGAUAGGCCUCGUGGCUGUGCACUGCAUGGGUAUCCUGGUGAAGUGCGCUCACCACUUCUGCCACAGACUGAACAAGCCCUUUGUGGACUAUGGGGAUACGGUGAUGUACGGCCUGGAAGCCAGUCCCAUCUCCUGGCUCCGGAACAACGCCCACUGGGGAAGGCACACUGUGGACUUCUUCCUAAUCGUCACGCAGCUGGGAUUCUGCUGUGUCUAUUUUGUCUUUCUGGCUGACAACUUCAAACAGGUGAUAGAAGCAGCCAAUGGGACCACCACCAACUGCCGCAACAACGAGACGGUGAUCCUGACGCCUACCAUGGACUCGAGACUCUACAUGCUCGCCUUCCUGCCCUUCCUGGUGCUUCUGGUGUUCAUCAGAAACCUCCGAGCCCUGUCCAUCUUCUCCCUGUUGGCCAACAUCACCAUGGUGGUCAGCCUGGUUAUGAUCUACCAGUUCAUUGUUCAGGAUAUCCCAGACCCCAGAUUCCUCCCCUUGGUGGCAUCCUGGCGGACCUACCCUCUGUUCUUCGGCACGGCCAUUUUUGCAUUUGAAGGCAUCGGGAUGGUUCUGCCCCUUGAAAACAAAAUGAAGGAUCCCCGGAAGUUCUCGCUCAUCCUCUAUGUGGGAAUGGCUAUCAUCACUGUCCUCUACAUCAGCCUGGGGAGUCUGGGGUACCUGCAAUUUGGAGCUAACAUCCAAGGGAGCAUAACCCUCAACCUGCCCAACUGUUGGCUGUACCAGUCAGUUAAGCUGCUCUAUUCCAUCGGCAUCUUCUUCACCUAUGCCCUCCAGUUCUAUGUCCCGGCCGAGAUCAUCAUCCCCUUCUUCGUGGCCCGUGCGCCUGAGCAUUGCAAGCUGGUGAUAGACCUGUCCGUGCGCACCAUGCUGGUCUGCCUGACGUGCGUCUUGGCCAUCCUCAUCCCCCGCCUGGACCUGGUCAUCUCCCUGGUGGGCUCCGUGAGCAGCAGUGCCCUGGCCCUCAUCAUCCCGCCCCUCCUGGAGAUCUCCACCUACUACUCAGAGGGCAUGAGCCCCAUCACCAUCAUCAAGGACGCCCUGAUCAGCCUCCUGGGCUUCGUGGGCUUUGUGGUGGGGACGUGUGUGACCCUCUACGAGCUGAUCCAGCCCAGCAGCACUCCCAUCUUCGUCAACUCCACCAGUGCCUUUGUAUAGCGGGCUGGGUGCGUUCCCUGCACCGGCCCACUCUGCCCUGUAUGUUCCCCAGCAGCUGGCCCCAGAGCCUCAGGUAGGGUGCAGGCUCUGGGGAGAGGCAAGGUUGCCAUCCACGUACCCUUACCUGGCACCUGGGUUCCCUGAGCCAGACAGGGAUGAGGGCAAGGUAGAGGGUCAGCAGCAGAUAUGUGGGAGGUACCUCUAGGGGCAGUGCCAUCUCUGUUCAUUUGUACUUAUUUUUGCUUUUUUUUUUUCUGCGGUACGCGGGCCUCUCACUGUUGUGGCCUCUCCCGUUGUGGAGCACAGGAUCUGGAUGCGCAGGCUCAGUGGCCAUGGCUCAUGGGCCCAGCCGCUCUGCGGCAUGUGGGAUCUUCCCGGACCGGGGCACAAACCCGUGUCCCCUGCAUCGGCAGGCGGACUGUCAACCACUGCGCCACCAGGGAAGCCCCAUUUGUACUUAUUUUAACCCGGAACUUUUCAACUCUUUUCCCUGAUCACGCCUCCUCCCUUACUGCCUGCCCUUCUCCUUCUGACCCACCUCAUCCAAAUUAUUCCUGUUGCACAGCUCACUUUAUUUAAAAAUUUUACUGUCUCUCACCUCAUGUUUUCUCCUCGCCCGGGCCAGGCCUAGAUGAAGUCAGUGGGAAUGCCCUUCUUUAUGCCCUUGCCGGGCCCAUCUCUUAUCUCUCUCCCAAAUAUUUUACCUCAAUAUUUUCCUACCUGUUCAAGUCUCCACCUCGUAGUGGAGCCUACCAAGUAGUUUAAAACCAGCUGCCCAGAGCUGGAGUUUUUAGCCUUCACUGUCUCUGGUGUGCUGUCAUCCUCGGUGACACCUCCUCUUCUCCGGUUUCCUCGUGUGGGUCACGAUACUGUUAUUAUCUUAGUUGCUUGAACUCCUGGAAGGUAUCAAGUGCUGCCAAAAUUGAAAAUAUUUAUAUUUUAUUUAAAAUCAGCCUUUGUUUUUAGACUCCGUCUCUGGAUCUGGGACUAUUGUGAAUCAUUCCUUCUUCAGUAAACUCUUACUCAGCUUCUCCCGCUGAGAAGAAGCUUAGUUCAGGAGAUGUCUGCUUAGACCCUCAGCACCCUUGGCCAAGGACCCCAGAGAUUUUCAUCAGGAUCAUCAGAGUGUGGACCUUUGUGGGACACCAUGGACUUUGCCUCCCGUUGACCAGCCAGAUUUCCUACUGAGAAGACAUGAAGGACUCAGGAGAUGUUUGCCGGUGCACAAGGCUGAGGGGAAGAAUGGCCACGUGGGGUGUGUUUCUCUCCAUAGGAGGCUUAGAAAAUGGCUGCUUUGUUCAUUCAGGCCUGUUUCCCAGCCUCAGCCCCUGACAGACAAGUGGCACGGCAGCAUCCAGGAAGACACCCAGACUCUUGCCAUGGACAAGAAGAUGAGGCCAGUGUGCCCAGAGCAUGUGAGAUUCAGUUCCUAGAGUUUGCAGCAGCUGGUCUGACACUACGAGUGGUGCUCAGUUGUUUACAAUCCCCGGAGGAUGAGGAGGAUGGGCAGAAACAGUGCCCUGCCCCAAGCUGCCUCCAGGACGUGGACUUCUAAAGGAACCACUUGGUUGGGACUUCGGUCUCCUGUGUUCUAAACACUAAUCAUGCCCUUGUCCUCCCCCCCACCCGUAUGCAUGCAUCCCUGGGUAUCAGAAAAGAAACAGCUUCAGGGCUGACUCACCCUAAGGUCGGCCUUCAGGUUUGGGAACAAACUGCCGAGAAGGCAGGGGAAGUUCCCUUGCCUUGCUUUCGGCUGCCCCGUCUUCCCUCUUGGUGUGAGAAGUGUUGCAGAAGUGUGUUCAUUGACUCUCCAUCUCUUGAGCUGUGUGUGUGUGUGUGCGUGUGUGCGCACGCGCGCACGCGCACGCACGCUCCCCUGCAUAUAUAACAGGGUUUUGCUGUCCUCCACCCCUGCUACCAGGCUCUUGCCUGAAAGUGGGGAGAACAGCACCACUUUAUCAGGGGUUUUGUUUUUGUAUUUCACCAAAGCUCCUAGGGCCUGUGACUCGCCCUCACAGCCCCAGCUUUUUCUUUCUCUUCUGUUCCAAAGCCAGAUUCUCUCAUUGCAGUGACUCCUGACCUACCUAAUAAUUUAUUCACUUAGGAAGAUGCAAUCAGUGGUGAUUUGGUCUCCCUUAGGAAAAUGACACUUUGCUCCAUCCUUUCUGCUCUUUGGUGGUCACUCACAGGUGCUUACAUGACCAGGGUUCUAGCUGGAGAUGGCAGCAGCCCUGCCCUCUGAAGGAUUUCCCUGCCCUUGGGCUUUCUAAGUAACUUCUAGUACCAAAAUGUAACUUCAAGAACUGUCAGCUUCUCUUUGCAAGCCCCGGUUCCAGCAGUCUUUCCAGAGCGGUUCUGAGAGUUGUUUUCGGCGAGAAGGUGCAGGCCAGUAGAAGAGGAUCAGAUGUGUAUCCCACCCACAGCUUCCACGGCGGAGGCUCUGGGCACUGCUAGAGGCAGUCCUCUCCAGGUGGGUCUUGAGACCCGGACUGUGAUGCUGGGACCUGAGGACUGGGUGGCACAAUACUGAGGUCCUCUGGCCCCAGGUCUCUCACUUCAGGGCCCCUGCCCAGGGAAGGUGGUGCAUAGGAGAGGCAGCUCUAGCCUUGGGGCUUCGGGAAGCUAGUUUGGCCUGGCCUUCGUCCUGUUCAAUUGCUUUCCCAUGCUUUUGCUGCUUUGACAGCCCGAUUGCAUGGCUGCUUCAAGAGACCUAGGCAAGGCGGACCCCAUGGGGACCUACCGGCUAGUGCAGCUGCACAGCAAUGAGUUGUCGAGUAAGGGGUCGGCCAGAGGUCGUAAUGGAGGAAGCCCUUCCUCUUCUGGAAGCAGCCCGCGGGGCCAGCUCGGGGAAGCUUACUCCUCUGCUGCCCACAGGUCUUCUCAGUCAGGAAGCCCUCCCUGCUUUCCUCCCAGUGCUCUUAGGAACCAGCUGCCCAGCCUCUUUCCUGGGCCCUGCUUUAGUCUCUGGUGAGAAAGCCCCAGCAUCAGUAAGAGACUGAUCGGGGAGCAACAGAGCAAAGGCUUUCAGGAGUGUGAGGCCACAUCUGCCAGACCAGACCAAACCGUGGGGCUUUCUGGCCCAGUGCUGUUCGGCUCUGUGUCCUUCUCCAGUCUCCCCAGGGCAACCCCAGAUUCCAUCAGCCCAGAGGUAGCUUCUCAGAGCCCCUUGUUCUGUCCUGCAAAUGCAGCUAUUGGGAGCAGGUUUCCAACUCCCUGCAGGCAGUAUACCUCUCCUUAAAUGUAGGUUCUUGCUGGGAACAGCAUGACCUGGCAUCUACUAUUCCCUUUUUCCUAGAAGUUGUACCAUUCACAAGUGGCAUUAUUUAUAUUUAUGUUGUGCUGUUGUCCAGCUGCUAGGAGCCCAUCAUCUGCACAGACCCUGGCCAGAGGUAUGUGACUGUGUGGCAUGUCUUAGCCUAGAACCUGCCGCUUAUACCCUCCUUCUCUGUCACUCACCUCUCCAGCCGAAUUCACAGGCUGAUGCUCACCAUUCACUCUCUACCCCCAGGCAAACAGGUACAUUAGGAAAAUCUUUUCCCCCUCCCUGUUCUCCUGUCUCUUUUUUCUAAAAUUUCUCCCUUCCUAAAUUGUAGAACAUCAUCUCUGUUUAAUACUACAUGUUCACCUCAUGCUUUUUGGAAGUGCAGAAUCUCAGUUUAUGUCUGUUUACAGUUCCCUCUAUUCACUAUUCACCUCAAGGGGGUCUGUAUCAGUUUAUUUCAUAGCCGAUUGGAUGUUAAGGUGAGACCCAGCAUGGGCCCCGGUCAGAACACAAAGCUGCUUUGUCACAGUGGAAAUAAAAAAUGUAAGUGGCAUGACUUGGUGUACAGGAGUCGGCUCGAAGUCUGCCUUAGAAUUAAAUUUUUCAAAGUACAUUACACGUCUCCAAGGGGAAAGGAGAGUGGUUUGUCUUUGAAAUCACUGUCAAUACUCUUAGACAGUCCUGCUGGUUGCAAGGCUGUUUGCUCUCACAGCAUCUUCCUGUGGCAUUUCUUCCCUGUUAUUGUACCACUGGGUCCUUUCCUGGCCAGGAGACAUAAAUGGUGCUGAUCUAAGGUUGCCAGAGUUGCAGUGGGGAGUGAGGGUGAGGGUGCCUUUUGUCAGCCGUGUUCUUUUGUUUCAAUCAAGGUGGUGCUGUAGAAGUGAUUUUGUUUUACUGAAAAAUAAAAUUAUGUGGCUCUGUUGUAGAACAUGUCAGUGCACGUGUGAAUAAGAGGAAUAUUAAAAACUACCGUCUAGCAGGUCUUGAUAACAAGACAGUCCUGUGUAUGUUAUGUGCCUGCGUUGGAUGUGUGUUUCCCGCAUGGUAUGUAUAGAGAUGUGGAUCAUGCUGGAGCUCAUGGAAGAUCUUAUUUUGGGUUCUGCACACGGAUCAUGUGUUAAACUUUUCCUUAAUAAAUGAAUUUUAUUUUUGAUUUUUGA